AUGUACGGGUUUACUGCCUAUAAACUUCACACGGUUACUCCAAACCCAUGUCGGUCGUCCGAUACCGGACGAAGGACAUCUGCAACCGUUCAUUUUAAUACGAAAAUCCCGUUCAACAGCGCCACGGAUCAUCUUUACAGAACAAAAGAUACUUUAAAAUCUUCAACUGGGACUUCUUCUACUGCUUCGUGUCAUAGACGUGGUGCGCCAAGACAUGCCUUAGCAGAUCAAAAUAAUACAUUUGGUCGGGGGUCAUUUCCAAACGAUUACAAUGAUGACGGCCUUGACGAUUAUUUAAGUCACAGGCGGUACUCAGCAGACGAAUGUAGCUUAGAUACAGGCAGAAAAUCUUUAACGUUUGACUUGUACGAUAAGAAGCUCUCAGAGAGCAUACACGACGUGCAAAAGAAAUUUCAUGAAAUCACUGUAUGCGAAAACAGCACUGUCAAAGAGAUGACACCGGAAAUACCAGAACCACGCGUGCGAACGCCACCAGAGUUAUCACGUGUAAAUACCGAUGACCCAGCCGAAUGUGUUAAGCAGAUGUUAAAAGCUGCCAGAGACAUGGAGUUGGAAUCAGUUGUUAAUAUUUUGACAAGCCAUGAUGAAGAAUUUUUUAGAAAUAAUAUCAAUGACACGGAUUCUACAGGUCGAACGCUGUUGAGCUACGUGUCAUCGAGUGGCAGCGUUGAAAUAGUCGAAGAGAUAUUUAGAGUACCGGACUUGGAUUAUAACAAACCGGACAAUGAGGACAACACACCAUUACAUUUUGCAUCGCAAGCAGGUCAAUCCGAAAUUGUGUGCCUGUUAUUGAACAACUGUCUAAAACUAGAGAUUGAUGCCAGAAACUGUUUGGGCUUUACACCACUAAUGAAGGCUGCUCUACAAGGGCGCACGAAAUGCGCGAAAUUUCUACUGUACGCAGGCGCUUCGCCAACCAUGCGGGACACCGGUCGGGGCCUGCGGGCCGAACAGUGGGCCAGAUUCUGCGGCCGGUACAAUUGCGCGGACGCGAUCGAAAAACUGGCGCGCAACCGACUGCUGGAACGGACGACGUCGUACGGCCGGUGGGGUAGCGACCCGGAGCUGGGGCCGCACAUGCUGAUCAACGGCCGGCUGAUGCAGCCGCCGGCCGCGUCCGCGGUGGCCACGCUACAGCGUGCGGCCACGCAGCACCACCGCUCGAUCAAGUCGAAACUGAAGCGGGCGUUCCGCACGUCGUCCAAUCCCGACUCGACCGUCGGCACCGCCGGCCAGUAUUCGCUGGUGUCGCAGCUCACCGGCGCGGCCCUGUGCGCAAGCAGCCCCGCAUUGCCGGUACACACGCGCUCCAAGCCCAUGGUCAAAUCGUUGCUCAGACCGUUGACCGUGCCCAAGGUGACCGUCACCGGGCUGCAAGAACCGCUCCAACAACAGCAACCGCUCGUCCCGUCGUCGCCGAACGCCACCGAUUCUCGGAACAAAAAACAGAAGAACAAAAAACGAUGA